AUGAUUUCGCCCAUACUUGCCUUGUGCUCCUGGUUGCACGUUGGUUUUGCUUAUCACUACCCAAUCAGGUGAGUAUAUAAGUCAGCUAAUGUCAAGGAAUUUUCAGUUGCUUCUCUUGCGCGUCUGAGGAAUAUGAACAGUUAUACCAAAGCUCUAAAAAUAGCCGAACUAUAGGCAUUCCAGUCAGGUUUGACAAAAUGUGCAACCGCGGGGAUGACGUCAGAACCUUCUCCCCGGCUGUCAAAUGUGACAGUGCAUGUGUCACAGUUCUGGAACCUCAAUAUUUUGGUGGCAAGUUGGAUGUGGUAAUAUAGUAAUCAACGACGUUUUCAGGAGUUUUAAAUGAAAAACAGCCAUAUAUUUUCAUCCGUGGUUGUGCUACUGAUGUUUUUGCAUGGGCUGCAUCUCGACCGGCGGAAGUUGAUUUUAUGCAUAACGGCGACAUUUGCCUUUCUCUUCCAAUCUCCGAAAUAUGGCCAGAUGUGCAGGCAAACGAUUUAGUGACUGUUUGUUCAUGUACUAAAAACGGGUGUAAUAUUCAUGACACAGUAGAUUUAAGUAGUUCGUUGCUUCCAGCAAACUUAUUAA